CAAUGAUCAUCACAGCCUCCUCAAUGCUGUCAAAAUGGUGGAUGUUGUCAUUUGUGCCAUUUCUGGUGUCCACAUUCGCAGCCACCAGAUACUGCUUCAACUCAAGCUUGUGGAUGCAAUCAAGGAGGCUGGAAAUGUUAAGAGAUUUUUGCCAUCUGAGUUCGAAACUGAUCCAGCAACAACGACGAAUGCAAUGGAACCAGGAAGGGUUACAUUUGAUGACAAAAUGGUAGUAAGAAAAGCGAUCCAAGAUGCCGGAAUACCUUACACCUAUGUCUCUGUAAACUGCUUCGCUGCCUACUUUCUCGGUGACCUUUGCCAACCCGGAAAAAUUUUCCCUUCAAGGGAUCAUGUGGUCUUGUUGGGAGAUGGCAAUCCAAAAGCAAUAUAUGUUGAUGAAGAUGAUAUUGCAAAGUACACUAUAAGAACGAUAGAUGAUCCGCGGACUCUAAAUAAGACACUAUAACUGAGACCACCAGAAAACAUCCUUUCUCAAAGAGUGGUUGUUCAGAUAUGGGAGAAGCUAAUUGGGAAAGAGCAUCAAAAGUCAUCUCUCUCCAAGGAUGAUUUUUUAGCUCUCAUGAAAGGACAAGAUUAUGCCGACCAAGUUGGGUUAACACACUACUACCAUGUUUGCUAUGAAGGAUGUCUCACAAACUUUGAAAUUGGAGCUGAGGGAGAGGAGGCUUCUAAGCUUUAUCCCCAAAUCAAAUACACAAAAGUGGAUGAAUAUCUCAAACGAUGUCUCUAAAAUGAGAGAAUUUUUAUCUAUUUUGUAAUUUAAUUAAGUUUUAAUAACAACAAACUCGUUUUUGGUUUGUAUGGAAUUGCUCCUACUAAAUAUUGAAGUUUUCUUUUGAUUAAGUUGGUGUCAUUUUGAUACAAAUGCAUACAAUUCAUUUUGGAAAAGUGCUCCUUUGUAUUAGUGGGUAAGAAAUAUUCCAAUUAAUUUUAAGUUAGCAUCAA